AACACGCAACAGUAUCACGGCAUCGUUUUUUCCCCUGAAGUAUCACGGCAUCGUUCGCACGAUCCCCUGCCGCACCGAUCCCAGCCGGAUCUUCCACCGGCGGCAAGAGCUUCCCAGCGAUGGCGUCCAAAAUCUCGCAUCCUCUCAUACUCCCCCUCCUCCUCUUCAUCCUGCCGCUUUCUGCCCCAUGGACGGCGGCCGACGACGACGGGGCGGUGGCGAGGUCGGCCUUCCCCAUGGACGGCGACGUAGCGUGGGUGGUGCAGGUCAGCGACCUCCACAUCAGCGCCUACCACCCGGACCGCGCCGCCGACCUAGUGAGCCUCCUCGGCUCUGCCCUUCGCACCAUCCGCCCCCACCUCCUCCUGGUCUCCGGCGACAUCACCGAUGCAAAAAAUAGUAAAAGAACUACAUCCAGACAGGAUGAAGAUGAAUGGAUUACAUACAAGAAAACUAUUGAUGCACUUGUUGCAAAAGGCGGUAUUGAUAAGAGGAGGAUAUUUGAUAUUAGAGGCAAUCAUGAUACAUAUGGAGUUCCCUAUAGAGGAAGCGAAUUGGACUUCUUUUCAACUUACAGUGUUAACUCACAGCUUGGCCGAUUAAGCACCAUUAAUAGCAUAAUGCUCCAGGGAGAUAGAAGUUAUUUAUUCUUGGGCAUCGAUGAUACAAUGAGUGUUGGCAUUCGGUUUCCUACAAAUUUAUUUGGACAUCCUACUGAUAAGAGGAUAGAAGCAGUUAAUUCAGAAUUAGGGUACUGGACCAAUCAUUCAAAUGUUCCGAUUACAAAAGUUGUAUUUGGACAUUUCCCUAUGUCGUUCACUACUUCAUCUGAAGGAGGACAGCGUUAUGAAAGCGUGUUUGCAAGGCAGUCAAUUUCAGCAUACCUAUGCGGUCAUCUGCAUGCGAAAGUUAGUAAGCAGCUUUGGAGGCAUCAUCAAAUGAGAACAGAAGAGUGCUCUUCAAGCUUUUGGGAAUGGGAACUUGGAGACUGGAAAGAGUCCAGAUUGAUGAGGAUUUUAGCAAUAGACGGAGGAGCAGUCUCUUUCAUUGACCAUACGUUAAACCAACCAUUCCAAACUUCUAUCUUGAUCACUUAUCCAACAGAUUCAAGAAAUAUGAAUAUAUUGGAAUCAAAGAAGGGGCCACCUAGAAAUUAUAUAAACGUUCUUGUCUUCUCUGAAGAACCUAUCCUCAAUGUAAGUGCAAUAGUUUUUGAUUCUCAUAAUGAGUUCAAGAUAGUUGAGGAGAUGCCUCUGCUACCUGUUGCCAGUUCUUCUCAGAAACCUUUGUUCCAUGCCAAGUGGAAUGCUAAAAAUUACAAAAGUCCAUCUCCUACUCGCUACUGGUUGCAAGUGAUCGUGCUAGAUUCUAAUGGUAAGAAGACCUUAAGUGAGCGAAGACCAUUUUCAGUCGAGGGCAAGAUAGCGAUUCUACACCGCCCAUGGCUCAACCGUUUGAUAUUUGAAGUUGAAUGGGAAGACGCUUAUAAAGUUCUCCUCUGGAGUAAUUUAGCCUUCACCAUUCUGUUGUUAUUCAUUCCACAAGUCCUGUACCAUUUUCUAAAGAAAAAGUCAUCACAUCAAAGGUGGGCUUUGUCAAUUCUAACAUCCCCUGUCCAGCAGCGAAAGGCUUGGUUUUGGUUGGUCUUGUUUUUAAUGGAGGGUGCAAACAGCAAACCGUUCUGGUUUUCUUUGUCCCUGUAUGUUCUUUGGAUCACCCAGAUGCCGUGGUUUUGGGGUCAUGCAACAUCUGAAAAUGGAGAAAUUGCUCAAAUGUACAUAUCUGGAUGGAGCAUACCUUUUGGUAUGGCAAACUACAAGCUGAGCAGCCCAGAUGUGAUGGUGAUCACCCUGCCUUUCCUAUACCUGGUGGUUGUCCCUGUAGUAGUCCUUGCAUAUGGCUUGUUUGCAGAAAGGGCUGCUGCUUAUUUGCGGUACCAUAGAAGAGCAGAAGACAGAGCUAACACAGCAGAUACAACGGCUGAGGCAGCAUGCUUUCUGCCAGGUUCUCCAGGUCCAGGAGCUUUAAUGAACCUAUCUUGCAAGAGCAAGAUAAAGUUCGUGUUGAUCAAAUUUUUUGGUGGCUGGACAAGAAGGAUAAUUCUACUCGCGUGCUUGAUCACGGCCACGAUACAUUUGAAGCUUUCUUCAAUGUUAAUGUCAGCCUAUGGGUCAACACCAGUUGCCUUGUCUCCCCCAUUAACAUGGAUGCCAAUAUUACUAUUAAGUGUUGCUGCCUACUGCACAGUGCUCCCUGUAGGUUAGCGUAGAACUCAGAACUGUGUAUUUCUGAAGGCAACUGGUGUUGGUGCACCAGCUGCCUACUGCACAAUGCUACUGUGCUUGGGUACUUACUCCUGUUGUAUACCAGAACCUGGAACGCGCUACCCUUUGCAACUAAGAAAUUAUCGAAUAGAAGAAACUGUUUUAAGUUGUAAUAAAGCUAAGUUAGGACAAGUCACUAGCUAAGCUAGGAUCAGACCGGAAAGCAAAACACACACACACAAUCCUAGUGGCUGUUUCUUGUAUCUUAACCUGGUGCCCCAUCAAACUUUCCUAUGAUUUGCAGGAUUCUCAAAAUGCAGGAAUAAGAAAAAUAUGGGAUUGAAGUGGCAUGCCCACUCUAUAGGAUUAGCAGAGUUUGUUUGGUGCCAUAGGAAAAACAAAUGAAUUGUAAAAAGAGGAUGAAAUGUAGUGCAAAUGAGUUCUUUCCAAUUAAUCAAAUGACCAACUUACGAGAAA